AUGAGCUCCAACAUGUUGGCCACAUUCCUUCCAGUCACAAUCGCACAUUCUUUACAGGCCCCUCUCAACCCUGCUAGUGCCCUGCUCUUUCUCAACUCUCCGAUAUAUGCCAUGGUAACAGCUUCGGCACAAGGAUCUGAUAUCUCCUUCGAAGACUCAGAUUUUGCGGGGUUCUCCACCGGUGAGGCAGUACGACGUGCUUGCAAUAUGGUGGUCAGCAACUCUAGUGCAAGAUGCUGGCGGUCAUUACGGGCGUGUAAUAUAGAGAGCUCGGUGAUUGCUUUUAACAGCAACGGCGUAUUCUCUUUUGAGGAUGGGUCAGGAAGCGGGGGUAACCCGUUCGAGGUUCGGUUUACGUCAUUGGAGUCUGUGGGGGCGGCGCUUGCGAAGGAAACGGCAUCCAUUAAUGCUGCCUGGGCGCCAGGUAGAUCAUUCUUGGAUUCGCAGAUCUUGGAGACCCGUAACGCUGCAGUGACUCUUUCUUCGCGCCACAACGAUUCCUCAGAUUCGUUCUCUCGGGGCAAUUGUAGUAUUUGUUGGUAGUGUGCUUUAGCAUCGUCUAUCAUACGUUCACGCUGCUCCAACUCAGCGAGAUAGCUCAGGCUCAUUAUGUAACCCUUCCUCCAGCCUUUCUUCUGCCUUGCCCAUCCUUCCUCUCCCAACUCCAAGACGACUCCCCUCAUAAUUUCGAUGGCCCCUUCGUAGUUUUCUGUCCAUUUUAUCAAUGCUCUGGAUAGAUCCAGGUUGUAUCGAGCCAUAAGAGGCAUAUCUUUGGGCGUAGGAUGGAGGGUUUCGACAUAGAUCAAUGCUCCGACAAAGGACAGGCCAAAUGCAACAGCAAUCAAGCUGUAUCCGUAGGCAAUCACCCUUAAUAAGAUCAAACCUUCGCGGUGUAGGUAAGCUUUCGCGCUAGCCGAGAUGUGACGUCGGAAGACAUUGUGAAAGUGGGGUUCGGUGGAGGUAAUACUCGAAGUAGGCCGUGUGCACAAGGCUAAAGGGCGGGGUGAGUUAUAGGUUCUGAGGUGGCGGAACGAGGAUAGGGGUGAGAAUCGUAGGCUGGGAAGACGGUAGGGUAUGGACGGUGGUGGGCGCAACUCUAGCCGGGGAAUCCUUUUAAAGGCCAUAGAGAGAGAUAACCAUCCAGUUGGGGAUACUCGGGAUAUAGCUAUCGAGAAAUUGAGAUGAUGCCGUUACGAUAGCUUUCUUGCCCAGAAAUGGAAGCAUCAGAGUGGGGUUGAGGAACUAGUGGGAGCU